ACCGGUAACUGGGAGCUUGAGAGGUUUACACAUUUGAUUGCGUUCUGCCUUCGGAGAACCUUCCUAAGGCCAGACAUGCACCUCAUAGGGUCCACUGUCCUGUUCUCGGUCCUGCUGCAGGCCAUGUCUGCCUCGACAGAGACUACGGCCACGUCUAUUUAUGACUUUUCAGCGACAGAUAUUGACGGCAACUUGGUUUCCCUCGAGAAAUACAGGGGGGAGGUGGUCAUCAUCACCAACGUUGCCUCUAAAUGAGGCAAAACCCCAAUAAACUACUCUCAGUUUGCGGCGAUGCACGCCACGUACGCUGAGAGAGGUUUACGCAUCCUCGGCUUCCCUUCCAACCAGUUUGGGAACCAGGAGCCCGGCAAUGAAACCCAGAUCAAACUAUUUGCCCUCUCCUACAACGCUCAUUUCGACAUGUUCAGUAAGAUCGAUGUGAACGGGGACACCGCUCACCCGCUGUGGAAGUGGCUGAAGGAGCAGCCCAACGGGAGAGGCUUCAUGGGGAAUAGCAUCAAGUGGAAUUUCACCAAGUUUCUGAUCAACAGAGAGGGUCAGGUGGUGAAGAGAUACGGACCACUGGACGAUCCCAGUGUGGUGGAGAAGGAUCUUCCCCGGUACUUGUAAACGCCUCCUUGGACGGCCGAUGCCUCACUCGCUGAUCUUUCUCUCCCUUUCGCUCCUUCCUCUUCCUCUCUGAGAACCAGUGGACACAUAGUUUUGUUUCCAGCCCAGAACCAGUGACGGUUUGUUCAUAAACCCGCGCGGCGGGCCGAGCAGACCUGAUGAAAAUGGCGUGCAAACCUUCCUGGGAGGAUUACCGAGCUCGAAUCCAUUUGGUUCUCCGGAGAGAAAGAGAAAGGAUCCCUAAAUGGAUCGUGACCUCUUCUAGUAGAUUAACGUGCGGCACUGCUUUCAGAAUAAAAUGCACUAAGAUUUUGCUCAAAUUA